AAAAAAAACCUUUAAAAAAAUUUUACGAAAGAGCGUUGAAUCACAAAUAAAAAUUUUGGAAGAAAAAAACAAAGACAAUUGUGCGAUAAAGUGCAGAAUAUAAAAUCGCUGCUGAUUCCGAAGUAACUUCGGCAAAUUUUAGCUUUGUAUUAUUGGUUAAACAUAAAGGGUAGAACGGGAAAUUGUCUAACAUCAACAACAAAUGCCAAAUCAGGUUUCAUUGUGCAUCGUAAAAAUCGAAAUUGACCCACAGCUGAGUGAGGACUUUGAACCCGGAGCCACGUCUGCUGAACAUCCCACUAAUCCGCGCAUGCUAAAAGAACGUGAGCGUGAUCGUGGUCUGCGACAAGCCAACCAGAUUGUAAUUGAAACCUACACAAAUCGUUUGUUGGCAGACGCCGACGAGCUACAGCUUUCAGCAGCUGAAGCACAUCAGCCAACACUUGAGGGUGAAGCUACUGUACCGAUUGAUAUGAGUGGCGAACGUAAAAGGGAUUUGCGCUCAACAGCUAGUGGUUCACGUGAAGCUACACCGCUCGAAGAAGGACAAUGUGCACCUGAAUUUCCCAAAGAAAUUGGGUUCUUCUCCGGAAAUCCGGAAGUUACCAAUGGCAUUGUGCAUUUAUACAAGAAAAAUGAGCGUAAGGAAUUAAAAGAGGGACCAUCCGAUAAGUUAUGCUUGUUGGCGGUGCCCGCCAGUGUAAGCUGUCAUGACUUAAUGGGCUUUGUAGCGCCCUGCCAGUCGGCGAUUCGACACAUACGCAUUGUACGCGACGGAAGUCCCAACCAAUUUAUGGUGAUACUAGAAUUUCGCUCGAAUGCAGCAGCCUUAGAGUUUUACCAGUCGUACAAUGGCGCCGCCUAUAAUUUGUUGGAGCCCGACUCUCUGUGUCAUGCCGUAUGGGUGUCGGAAAUAGAACGCGGUGGAGAUGGUGUGCCACCAGCUGGUCAUACCGAACUACCCAAUUGUCCAGUUUGCUUGGAGCGUAUGGACGAAAGCGUUGAUGGCGUAUUAACUAUACUAUGUAAUCAUGCCUUUCAUGCUAACUGCCUUAUAAAAUGGGGUGAUUCCACAUGUCCUGUUUGUCGUCAUGUGCAGACUCCCGAGUUGCUUGAGAACUCUGUUUGUAUGGAGUGCGAGGGUACAGAUUCCCUCUGGAUUUGUCUGAUUUGCGGUCACGUUGGUUGUGGUCGCUACCAAGGUGGUCACGCUGCGGCACAUUAUCGUGCCACGAAUCACACUUUCGCCAUGCAGUUGGGUACGUCUAGCGUCUGGGACUAUGCUGGAGACAAUUUCGUACAUCGUCUCUUCCAAAACAAGACCGAUGGCAAAUUGGUGGCUACUGCUAACGACGAGGGCGAAGAGAAAAUCGAUUCAAUGCAACUAGAAUUCACAUAUUUACUCACCUCGCAGUUGGAUACGCAGCGCAAAUAUUAUGAAGAUCGCUUAGAUCGCCUGGAAAAGGAAUGGCGGGACUUCAAAGCCGGUGCUGACAACGACAGCAGCAAAGUGAGCGCUUUGGAGCAAAAAGUGCAAACACUAACCAAGGAAAAGCAGAUAUUGGAGCGCAAGCUGACACAAAAUGCUACAAAAUUGAAGGACAUGCAAAAGCAGCUCGCUGAGGAGCGUGAAUUCUCCAAAACGUUGCAAAGCAAUCAUAGUUCUUGGCAGACCAAAUAUGCAACACUUGAAAAACAAUACAAAGAAUACAAGGAGGCACGCGAAGCUGAGCUGAAUGAUGUCAAGGAGCAACUGCGCGACAUUAUGUUCUAUAUGCAGGCCCAGAGCAAAAUUGCCGAUUCCGAGCUUAAGGAUGAGAUUGUUGGUGGCACGGUAGUGGUGCCUGAAGCAGAAGCAAGCACCUCCGCAGGAAAAGCGGCCAGACGAAAGAAGAAGUAUUAAUUUUUAUAAUGGCCACAGCCUUUCCUUGGCUCAACUUCUGCUUAUUGUAGACUAUAAAGAAAUUUCAUUAUAACUUAAAAGCAUACAGACGUAAAGUGGCUGCUAUUUUUCUUAUGUAAGCAUUUAAAAAUAUAAUAUUGUAAUAUGAAUGCUAAUCAAAUUAAAUAGCUUUAUAUAAACAUACAUACAUACAUACUUAUAGACAAAAAUGAGAAAUAAACCUUUACAUAUCGCUUCACAAA